AUGUUGGGUGCCUUGCAAGGUCUUCAAAAUCCUGGCCAGCACCAGAACCACCACCACCACCAGCAACAGCAGCAGCAACAACAACAACAGCAACAACAGCUACAGCAGGGCCAGCAGUCAGGCAUUCCUCCACCUCCACCUCAAAACGGCCAAGACUUUACCCUCUCCAGCGUCCUUCAUUUCCUUCAGACGGAAUGGAGAAGUACACUCUCAGGCCCGCAUUGCUUUGCUCGAGGGAGAAAGACGCUCCUUCGAGAAUGUAAAACUAGAUCUUAUGCGUCGUAUCAAGAUGCUAGAGUACGCCUUGCGAAUGGAACGCUAACCCAAUCAGUGUCGCAUACCAAUCCUCCGACAAAGCUUGCUUCUAUACAAGCCCAUGCUGCUACAUCGACUCAAAAAGAAGAUUCUCAUAGUCAGAAGGAGGAUAGCGGGGGCAGCUCGCCUCACAGUGAAGACAGUCGCCUUCCUAACGGUGCACCGUUAAAUGGCCCCGCAGGCCGGCCAAGUUCUUGGGGGGCAUCCAAUUGGUCGAGUGGACCCGCCGCUCCCGGCCUUGGCAAACCACCCCCGGGUAGAGAUCCAAAGAGCAGAGCGCGAAGUCGCGACUACUUGAAACAAUGCCUUCAAGAAAUUUCCUACCUUACUUCACCUCAGGCUAUGAAUCCUCUACCCAAUCGACCUUUGCUAAAUAACCCCUCUAUACCCCUCUCUCUACCAAACGUACCUUCGUUCGAUCAAAUGCCCUACAACGGUCGACCACGCAAAGUCCUUCCCGAUGCAGGCAAGGAGUUUCCAAUCCUAAACGGAAUUUCUUCCAUGUCCGGCCCGUCUUCCGCUCCUGUCCUUAACGGUCCCCAGGUUUCAUUGUUGGAACGGAAUACUGGGAUGAUACAACCUCAACCUCCACUGGCUCAGCUAGCCCAACACUCGCCACAACCUCCAGCAUCUUCUUAUUCUGUUUCGCAACCCGACAAUGAGAUGGACGCGGAUACAGAAAGCCGCCAACUAACUGCAAUCUUUCGCCCAGAUGAUGACGAAGAAUGGAAAGAAAAACUCAGGCUCUCUCGGGAGGCUGCAGCGCAAGCACGACAAGCUGGUGAUACAAAAACGGAUGAAUUGAGUCCCUGGGAACACCGAAGGGAUGAUGAUGACGAAGAUGUCAAAGACGACGAUGGGGAGGUUGAUGACGAAGAACCAAAUGGAGCAGGUGAGGGUGCGAAGGUUUGGAAAGCGAAGAGGACGCUGAGAAAUCAUUUGGACGCUGUCCGAGCACUUGCUUUCCACCCAACAGAACUUUGUCUAGUCACGGGGGGCGAUGAUUGCACAGUAAAAGUCUGGCGGAUGGACGUUGCCAGUCUAGCCUCCUCCGCAGCACGACCAACAACGGAGGUGGAGCCUCAACUUACCCUCCGUGGGCACUCAGCUGCAAUCACCCGCUUAUUGCACGCGCCUUCGAAACAACUUUUGUACUCUGCUUCGCUCGAUUCUUCAAUCAGGGUAUGGGCGCUACCUGCUUCUUCACAUACAACCUACGCUCCAUACGACGAGACUCGUUCACGCGGUGAGCUUAUUGGGCACACGGAUGCGGUUUGGGAUCUGGCUUUGGUCAGAGAUGAGGGCACCCUCAUCAGUUGUGGGGCGGAAGGUUCCGUGAAAGUGUGGGACGUCAGCGGUCCCUCUGGAGGCGGCUCGCUCAAGUUGACAUGGGGUUGGGCAGGUCUGGAGAGCCAAGAUGAGCUGCACGAUGAGCUCGACGCUCCAGGCGCCACUGCCGUGGAAGCGCUCAAAUCCGACUUGAAGAAAGUCGCCGUUGCAUAUCAAAACGCCAUCGUGAAGAUAUUUGACAUUGAAAGCGGGAAAGAGCUAUCUCGACUACAGAGUGACAUCAGUUACGACGGCACGCCAUCAACACAGAUUAAUUGCAUUGUCUCGCAUCCGACAAUGACGAUCCUCGUCACUGCACACGAGGACAAAUUUAUUCGAAUUUUCGAUAUUGUUACAGGGCAAUGCACACACUCCAUGUUGGCUCAUCUUGAUGGAGUCACGUCAUUGUCUAUUGACGCCGCUGGCUUCUCGCUGGUGUCUGGGAGUCACGACUGCUCCAUCCGCUUUUGGGAUCUCUUGGGGUCUCGUGCUUGCGUACAGGAGAUCACGACGCAUCGGGAAAAAGCCAGAGAAGGAGUUCUGGACGUGGAAUUCCAUCCUUCACUGCCUUUUAUGGCGAGCGCUGGGGCUGAUGGUGUGGUGAAAUUGUAUGCUUCAUCAUGACGUCAGUAGUGCUACUACAUACCUGGAUUUAUCUUCCCUUCUCUCUUUUUUUUCUGUUCUUUUAUUUUUGUUAACAUGACGCUAUGGCUUUUGCAAUAUCCA